CGGCCCAGGGUGCCCCUCAGCCGCCGCUUGGGCCAUCUCCGCACCGCCGCCAGGUGCGCCCCCAGCAGGCACGCCCUCCCCAGGUGUCGCCGGACGUGCCAGGCUGGGGCUACCUCCGAGUGCCCCGCGGGGGCCAUGGAUGUCGAGACUGGAGAGGAGCUGGGGGGUUCUGGACCCGCACCAGGUGUGCCUGGCCCACCUGGCCAGGGUGGGGCUCCGGCCCUCGCAGGACGGCUGGAGCCCAAGAAGUAUGCGGUGACAGACGACUACCAGUUGUCCAAGCAGGUGCUGGGCCUGGGUGUGAACGGCAAGGUGCUCGAGUGCUUCCACCGCCGCACUGGACAGAAGUGUGCCCUGAAGCUCCUGUAUGACAACCCCAAGGCCCGGCAGGAAGUGGAGCACCAUUGGCAGGCCUCGGGUGGCCCCCACAUUGUACGCAUCCUGGACGUCUAUGAGAACAUGCACCGCGGCAAGCGCUGCCUGCUCAUCAUCAUGGAGUGCAUGGAAGGUGGUGAAUUGUUCAGCAGGAUCCAGGAGCGUGGUGACCAGGCUUUCACUGAGAGAGAGGCUGCAGAGAUAAUGCGGGAGAUCGGCACAGCCAUCCAGUUCCUGCACAGCCAGAACAUUGCCCAUCGCGAUGUCAAGCCUGAAAACCUGCUCUACACAUCCAAGGAGAAAGAUGCAGUGCUGAAACUCACUGACUUUGGCUUUGCCAAGGAGACCACACAAAGUGCCCUGCAGACACCCUGCUUCACUCCCUAUUAUGUGGCCCCUGAAGUCCUGGGUCCAGAGAAGUAUGACAAGUCAUGUGACAUGUGGUCCCUGGGUGUCAUCAUGUAUAUCCUCCUGUGUGGCUUCCCGCCCUUCUACUCCAACACGGGCCAGGCCAUCUCCCCAGGGAUGAAGAGGAGGAUCCGCCUGGGCCAGUAUGGCUUCCCCAAUCCUGAGUGGUCAGAUGUGUCUGAGGAUGCCAAACAGCUGAUCCGCCUCCUGCUGAAGACAGAUCCCACAGAGAGGCUGACCAUUGCACAGUUCAUGAACCACCCCUGGAUCAAUCAAUCAAUGGUGGUGCCACCGACUCCCCUCUACACCGCCCGGGUGCUUCAGGAGGACAAGGAUCACUGGGACGAAGUCAAGGAGGAGAUGACCAGCGCCUUGGCCACCAUGCGGGUGGACUAUGACCAGGUGAAGAUCAAGGACCUGAAGACCUCCAACAACCGGCUUCUCAACAAGCGGAGGAAGAAGCAGGCGGGUGGCCCCUCAGUCUCCCAGGGGUGCAACAACCAGUAGCUCCCAGGACCUGGACAAACCAGGCCUGCCAGCCUGUUGACAGACUGAUUAUUGAAGUCCUGGCUGGCAGGGCCCAAGGCCAUUGUUUUAAAGAAAGGAUUAUUUUCUUAUGUUUUGUCACUUGGGACUUCAAGAUGGAGGAUCUGACCCACACCUCUUGUCAGAACCCCUGCCCAGGUUCUCACCUAAGAGAAGGAGACUGCCUGGGGCUGAGGAGCACCCAUAGCACCUGCAGCAAUUGUGGUACUGGGGGCCCUGGGGAGGCCUUGACUUUGUUCUGCCCUGGGACAUAUUUUGGCCUUUGGGCCAUGGAUUUGUGGUGGGCUUCCCUUCUUCCAUAAAGACACCCACUGUGGGCCUGGGCAGAUGGGCCUGGCCUUGGAAAAGGCAUCGGCCAUUGGUUACCAUGGUGACCAGGGACUGCAUGGCUGUCUGUGCAUGCUGAGUGUGGUAGCAAGGGAGGGAGGAAGGGAGGCAGCAGGAGAGGGCCUACCUCUGCAGUCUGAGGGUGGCCGCUUCUCUCAGUCCCCUCUUUGGUCUCCCUGAGGCCACAGGGUCCUGACUGCUUGCCUCCCUGGGUGGUCCAGCUCUACCUUGUUGCAGCCAGUCAGAUGGUGCUUGGAGCUCUUUCCCCAGGAUUCCCUGCUUUUAGUACCCCAGUUGUUCCUGUCCACCCAAGGGUGGUUUCUCCUCUCAGCUCAAGAGCGGGAAGAGUCAUUUUAAACCCUUUUCCACUUUGGAAAAUGUCAUUCUACCAAAAGCCAAGAAAGACACUUUACUUGCCCUGCCCCUCCUGUGAUGGCCAGUAUAAGGCUUAGAGCAGGACCAUAGGAUCUCUUCUCUAUUUUGGGUCAGACCUGAGUGAUGCUCACAGAGGUUGCUGCCAGUUUCAGCCUGAGCUAAAGCAGAGCACACCCUUUCUGGGUUGCCCCAGGUCACCCAGUCCCCUGCCCUCACUCUGCCCCAGGGAGCCCUGGGCUGGCUGUGAAGUGCCUGAUUUCAACCCUUACAGUGCCUGUCACCCAGUCAAGUUCUCAGCUCCUGGCCCCUCAAUCAGUGGCUGGGCCAUGUCAGGUGGGACAAUGCUCUGGGUUUUCUAACUAGGUAUGAAUAAAGGUCAUUUUGACAUUU